ACAAGGAAUUAGUAAUUUGAUGGAUGGAAUUUAGUGGUGUUAAAAGAUGGCGGACGAGAAAGCAAACAUCUUUGAAAAUUUUCGUGUGUAAAAUGCCUCAUGUAACCAAUAAAGUUUAGGAAAUGGGCAGAAACUCAAAAAGAAAACAUCGCAGUAGAUCAAAUUCUCCCAAAAGACGCAUUAAAAGAAAAAGUUCAUCGUCUGAAUACGAAAGCAAGCGACGUUCAAGCAAUGUGGAUAAAAUGAAAGAAAAAGAGCUGAUGAAAGCUAUGGAAACUCCCGAAGAAAAACGGGCUAGAAGACUCGCUAAAAAACAAGCGAAAGAGCUAAAAAAACGAAGGGAAAGAGGCUGGGAUGAAGAGGAUUUGAGUUACACCAAUACGGACAAUCCUUAUGGCGAUACACAUUUACUUGAAACAUUCAUUUGGCACAAGAAACACGAAAAAGAGGGUACAACCCAUCUCAGUGAGGCAGAAAAAGUUAGAAGAAAUCAAAUGAAACGUGAGGAAAUGAAGAGAGAACUGGCAAGCGUAAAAAGACGACGACAAGAACGCGAGCAUGAACGAAUGGCAAGAGAGGAGGAGAGGGAAUUGAUGCAACGAGAAAAGGAAGGUGCUUAUUAUAAAGAAUGGGAAAAACAAGAAGAUAUGUUCCACAUCGAACAAGCGAGGAUGAGAUCCAAAAUUCGUAUUCGCGAUGGGCGAGCUAAGCCAAUUGAUCUGUUGGCACAAUACAUCAACCCUAAUGAAGAUAAUCUGGAGUACCAAAUGCAUGAACCAUAUUCUGUUCUUGUGGGACUAUCACUGGAUGAUCUUGGGGAUUUGAUUGAAGAUAUGAAACUGUAUCUUGAGAUUGAUGAGACAAAGAACCAUCAGUUUUGGAAAGAUAUGUUGGCAGUGACCAGAAACGAAGAAAAAAAACUGCAGAAACAAGGGUUUAAUAGUGAUCAAUUUCACGAGAGAAGAGAGACGAUCAAUUCGUCUGUAAAUGAUGAUAUCGAGAAAAUAUUUCGUGGCAAAACAUCUACGCAACUUUCUGCUUUGAGAAAUCAAAUAAACGAGAAAAUCUCCAGUGGCGGAGCCGUCGACAUUGGUUACUGGGAAUCUCUUUUGCAGCAGCUGAACGUGUUCAUGGCGAAGUCCAGGCUUCGUGAAAAUCAUCAAAAAAUGCUAAAAGAGAAGUUAGCCACGUUAAAACGUGAGUCUGUCGUUCACGCUGAUAGUGAAGAAAAUAUGGCUAAAGAUAGUGAGAAGGAAACAGAUGUUGUAUGUGAACAAGUUGACAAAAAGGAAGAGCGUGUCAACGCAUCAAAUGAUGAGAAUGAAAUCGAGGAGAAUGCAAAUGAAGAUGAUGACGUCGAGAAAAGUAACCCGGAUGAAGCUGACGACAGAAAUGUGAAAGAAAUUGUUUUAACUGCAGAAGAGCUAAUGGAGAGAGGUUAUAAAGCUUACGAGGACGGCCGUUACAGCCCUCCUUUGAUCCGUGUCUCGGAUGUCGAUCAAGAAAAACUUGUUGACCCGGAAAAGGAUUUCAUGGAAUUGGAGAAUGAACGUGAAAGAAUCAUGCUUUCCGAUUCAUUUACGGGUGUUACAUCAAGUAUUUCCGGGAUUGAUAUGAGGACCAAGGAGGCGAGUAAGGAUAUGGGAGCUGAUGAAGAAACGUUUAAUGUUCCAGUUCCUCUUGGUCAAAAGAAGUAUUUGUGGCAAGAUAAAUAUCGACCGAGAAAGCCGAGAUUUUUCAACCGCGUUCACACGGGUUACGAGUGGAACAAGUACAAUCAAACACAUUACGAUAUGGACAACCCUCCACCGAAAAUCGUUCAGGGAUAUAAGUUCAAUAUAUUUUAUCCGGAUCUUAUUGACAAGACUGAAACUCCUCAAUACUAUUUGGAGCCAUGCGCCAGUGAAAAAGAUUUUGCCAUCUUAAGAUUCAAUUCAGGACCACCUUACGAGGAUAUCGCGUUUAAAGUAGUGAACAGAGAAUGGGAGUACUCACAUAAACAUGGUUUUAGAUCGCAGUUUCACAACGGAGUCUUUCAACUUUGGUUUCACUUCAAGCGUUAUCGUUAUCGAAGAUAACACCAAUUCCCUCGUGGUUUGUAUUCGAGCUUGCAUGUAAAUCAAAAACAGCGACUUGUACUGGGGGAAGGGUGGAUGUAUACAAGUGAGAAUGAUUUACAACUGACAACCUUUUCACGUAAUUUUGGAUUGCAAAUAUUCAUCAACUGUGGUGGGCCAUUUUUUUCGUUUUACUUACGAAAACCAUUAAUGGUUACACUUCAAAGUGAAAUAGCUCAUUGAUGUAUAAUAUUUUUUUGCACCCUCGAAAAUGAUGUAAAUCACAUAAAGGAUUAUGAAAGUUUUACUUUAAUCUCCCAAGCCUUCGUAUCAGUCGUCUGGAUAGAUCUUUGUUUUGUUCAGACGAUAGAGGCGAUUGUGUGAAAGCUACGAACGACAAGGUGGAAAUAAUAAAGUGGAAAGCAGUAGUAACGACAA